AGUGGUGAUUAGGCUGUGUUUGGCAAAAAUUUAUGUUUUAUAUAUGGUUCCCGGUCGUUUUGACACCUGUGCUUCUAAUAUUUAAUGCAUUUAGUUGUUACCCGUGUUGUAUAUCGUCGGCAGUGUCGAACAACAGUGAUAAAUGUUGUAAUUAACGUUGUUAACUUUGGUUAUGACGUUUAGUACGAUUUUUGCAUGUGUGCGUGUGUAUUCAACGUGACAGCAUUGCCGCUGAUUGUUGGAGCGAAUCUUGUAACGGGAUAUUUUGUGAGAAUGCUUGUUUGGAUCUAAAUACGGCGUGAAAAAGAUCAGAGAAAUCAAGAUGGCGUCGAGGAUUGUGCGCCAAAUCCCGCGUCGCGUCGCACGCCAUUUUUCAACCCGUGAUAACUGCUCCCUCGGUUUAAAUCGCUCGUGUUCGGACCGAUCGAAAUAGUCAGUGAUUCGGUGGUUGUGAUUGGUCAGUGACGUUUGCUAGUGAUGUGAUAGUGUUUAGUGUGGUGCAGUGUUGUGUUACGAUGUCGGAGGAGAGGUCGAGGCGGCUGUCGCAGAUCUUCGACCCGUUGUCGAGGUUCACGGAUCACAGCGGAGCGGGACAGUCAUCCAGUACACCGAACAGCCCUCGGUUGAUGCCCAGGCGGUCAAGGGAUCCACCGCCACCGCCGCCCAGACCAUUCGCGCACACCUCCCGCCUGGAUCCCUUGGAGUACGAGCUGGCUGCGGCAGACUUAGGGUCUGUCAAUUGGCAGGAGCGGUGCUUGGAACUGCAACUGGAGCUACACAGGAGUCGACAUCAAGCCACGAGGGUACGCGAUAUGUUGAGAGAUAAGCUCUCGGAGCUCGAGCAACGAGUUCUGGAGGCCGAAGGGAGGGCCGAGGAAGCGGAAGAUAAGGUCCGCGCCAUGGAGCAGCGGUUGUGCGAUUGGCCGGCAGCGGGUGCUGAGGGUCCUCCUAAAGCCAUCACGCGGCUUGAGGGCCAAAUUGAAGAACAGAAGCAGCUGCGACUUCAGGACGCGAAGCAGGUGGAAGCUAAAGCCGCCAGGAUCAAGGAGUGGGUGACCAACAAACUCCGGGAGUUAGAACAGCAGAACCAGUUGCUAAGGGAGCAGAACGAUCGCUGCAACCACCAGCUUGAGUUGCUAAGGAACCAUAUAGCGACACAGGGGAGCAGGAAUUGUGCGUUUCUACCCUCUCGGGGAAGCCUGUCUCUCGAAGUGAGGUCGGAGGACGGCCCUCGCACCUCCUCAAGCCUUUUGGCUAACAAUCGGCGUCGCUCUGAGAGUCUCGAAGGCCCGAAGUUACCAAUAGUGUCGUCGGAGCCGCACUACAGUACCCCGGUGCGACAUAGACGGAACCUGUCCAUCGGUACCACUAACCUCACUCAGAGCAACGUUAACAGCCAACUGAACACCAUGAACAAAACAAUGGACGAAAGAACCACUGCUAGCCUCCUUGCGGACGAUUUAGCUGCAGCCGUUGAAAAUUUAGUGGUGCUACCAACGACCCCAAAUACAUCGACAGAUGGUGAUACAACUCACGACUAUGCUGAAAUUUAUACCCCCAGCAGAGAACGAACGCCUGCGUGGCAAGGCGUCAACGUGAUAGUGCAAGGAAACAGUCGAGGUGGGUCGUCAACGGGAGACAGUUCGACAUCUGAGCAACCAAGACCGCCAACGCCGCCUUUACACAGAUUCCCUAGCUGGGAGGCCAAGAUAUACCAGGUAGCAGAUGAUGGUCUACAACAGUCAGUGGAAGAGGAGCUAAGUCCGCCGCCUUGCCCGCGCGCAAUGCACGAGUCCACUAGCUACCAGGAUAUCUCAGUCCCCGUAUACGCCACCGUGAAAGGGCGCGCUAGUCAAAUCCGAUCGAUGCCUUUCACGGGCGAUUCAUCAGAUGACUCGUCGGAUGGAGAGGAAUCUAUGGGCGUAACAGUCCAUAACACACCGCAUCACAAUCCAAUUUAUGGUCAAUCCUCCCAAAUGCCAAUCAACAAUAUCAACCUAACAAACGUCCUACCCGUGUCGAUACAACCAACUUCCGGACCCCACGGGCUUGUUCUAAACAACACAAAUGGGCAAUGCAGUUCAUCAGACACCAGUUUAAGUGCUAGUAGUCCAUCUAAAAGUGUCAAAACCAGCUCAAGCUUAAGCCCCGCGAAGAGAUCUAGUAGUGGGUCGCCUAGCAAACAAAGCAAAACUAGAGAUACAUCUUUUGAAUCUGGCAUGUCGGAUGAUUACGCAAUACCACCUGACGCGGUAUCCUGCGAAGGUAGUGGCGCAAGGGACUCUCCUAGAAGACAUGACGCGUUAGAGAAGAGCGGCCAUCUUGCAAAAUUAGGAGGAAAGCUUAAAACUUGGAGGAAAAGAUGGUUCGUCCUAAAGAAUGGCACUUUGUCGUAUUGGAAGUCCCAAUCAGAAGUUAAUCGAAAACCUCAAGGUCAGAUCGGUUUGGGUGAAGCCUGCAAGAUAUCACGCAACGAAGGUGCGAGUACCUUCGAGAUCUUCACCGGGAGUCGAACCUAUUACCUCACCGCUGAUAGUACCGCCACUAUGGAGGACUGGAUUAGAGUGUUACAGAACGUCCAAAGGCGAAACGCGACUAAACUCCUGCUCAGUAAAGAAGACAACAAGCCUACAAUCCAGGGAUGGCUGACCAAAGUGAAGAACGGUCACGCCAAAAAGAGCUGGUGUGUUCUGUUGGGAAAAAUGUUUCUGUACUUCAAGUCGCCUGGUGACCAGAACCCGACUGGUCAGAUAAACAUGCGUGACGCGCGUGUGGAGGAUGUCGAACACGUAUCGGACUCGGAUUCUGAAGAGAAAAAUGACGACGGACGUAACCUAACUGUUGCGAUAUACCCGCAGCAUCAGGUAACCGGGGGUCCAACUUACCUUCUCUUCGAGAGCAAGGCCGAUAAAGAUUCGUGGCUGUACCACUUGACCGUAGUGAGCGGCGGUGGGCUCAGCCAGGGCACCCACUACGAGCAACUUGUCCAAAAGUUAAUGGAGACUGACGGAGAUCCUAAUUGCGUGCUGUGGAGGCAUCCAAAUUUACUCUACUCGAAGGAGAAUAUAACUACACCUUUGACUUCUCUAAAUUCUGAAGCAUUACAAGCAGAAGCGCUGAAAUUAUUUAAGUGCGUGCAACUGUUCAUGUCCGUGGCCGUCGAGCACGCGGGCAUCGACUACCACGUGGUGCUGGCCCAGAACGCGUUGCAGCAAUGCCUCGAGGUGGGCGAGCUCCAAGACGAGCUGGCGUCCGCGCUGUGCAAACAGACCGCUCCGCACGCGCCCUCCAAGCACGGCGUGCAGCAACUGCUACUGUGCGCGACCCAGUCGUUGUUCACUUGCGACACGGGUGCAUCCUCAGUCGGCGGUGACAACAAGAGCGACCUCCCGCAGAACUCUGCCGGAUCGCCAAGCUCUAUACAGGCCCCUUUGCUCUCAGUCGAUUGUAAGAGCAACCCGCCGACGUACAGUUUCGUUCAAGGAUGGCAGCUGUUAGCGCUAGCCGUCAGUUUGUUUGUACCAAGAAAUAACAGGCUCUUGUGGUACCUCAAGCUACACCUAAGCAGGCAUGCUGAUUCUAAGACGGAAUGUGGUAAAUACGCGGCAUAUUGCUCCCGCGCGUUAGAGCGAACACUAAGAAACGGCGGUCGGACCGACAAGCCCUCGCGAAUGGAAGUGCUAUCUAUAUUGCUCAAGAACCCCUACCAUCACUGUCUACCUCACGCCAUUCCUGUGCACAUGCUGAAUAACACGUAUCAGGUUAUAAGUUUUGACGGAUCAACUACAGUUGAAGAAUUUUUAUCGACGCUUAGCACAGAGCUCGGCUGUCGAGAAUCAAGUGCUUCAGGCUUCGCUUUGUUCAGUGACGAUCCCAUUGAAAAGGACUUGGAGCAUCACAUUAAACCCGACAAAAAGUUGUGUGACGUCAUAUCAAAAUGGGAAACAGCGUUACGUGAGAAAGGUUCAGGAAAGUUCGAGAACUCGCGAGUUAUACGAUUGACAUACCGGAACCGGUUGUAUUUCAAGAACUCAAUUCGCACCGAAACCGACAAGGAGAGAUUGUUACUCUGCUAUCAAGUCAAUCAGCAAGUGGUGGCCGGUCGGUUUCCCGUGACCCGGGAACUGGCAGCCGAGCUUGGUGCGUUGAUGGCGCAAUUGGAUAUGGGCGACUAUUUAGCAUCCAACACACAACACAAUCAACCUCUAGCGCACAGGUUCUACCCCUACCGAUACCGAGCCGGCCUUAACAACGACGAACUCAGAGAUGUUGAGGAAAAGCUCAGGUCAAAGUGGGUAGCGCUGAAAGGACGGAGCACCGCGGACUGUGUCAGGAUUUACUUAAAUUGCACUAGGAAAUGGCCGUUUUUCGGAGCCACAUUGUUUCAGGCUAGGAUAAAACAACCCGACCUAUCGAUGGCGUGGCUGGCGGUUUCCGAAGAGGGAGUGACAGUGCUGGAGCUGGCUUCUAUGUCAGUCAUCGGGAGAUACGCGCUCAACUCCAUAGGACUGUUCGGUGGCUUGCAGGAUGACCUGAUGAUGUUGAUCGACGCGGAGGACGCAAGUCCCGUGCACAAGAUGUUGAUCAGUCUCAACAAGCCAAAGAUGGUAGAGCUGACUCAUCUCAUAGCGGAUUACAAAAAUGCGAUCCUCCGCACCGGAGGCACGGGAACUCCCCAAAUGAACUCCCUCACACGCAACGGAAGCCAUCGCUCAGUACGAAAACUGCCGUCUACCCUCCCGCACUCCACCCCUUCAACCCUCCCACACCCUUUAACAACCUCGCAUCACCCGCAUCAUCACAACACCCUGAACUCACAUGCUACAACCAUGACGCUCGGUUCGGAUAGAAAUGCAACCCUGACACUAAGUUCGCACACGUCAACGUUCAACCAACAUAUGGAAGCGAGGGUUUUAUCCCACGGACAGCCAGACAUAUUGAAAUCUACCCCGGACCAUCACAGGAGCGAAAAGAAAAGGAGUCACACACAGGACAGUGGUGUCGCGUGAUUCAGGUUUUAAGUUGGGACGUGUGAAGUGACAUUAAGUGUUUCCCUAAAUGUUAGUGAGUGUAACACGGCUGUUUAAAAUGUUAGUAUGUUUGCGUGUGCGAUUAGAACGCGGUUUUAUGACGUCAUCCGCAUUCCAUCCGUGAUGACUGAAAUAUGUUGCCUGCGUGAAAUAAGUGUUGCUGACGUCAUCC